AUGGCGGUCAAUAAGGCGCCCCUGCUGCCAAAGCUUACGCUUUCAAAUGGCAUAACCAUCCCGCAGAUCCAGCUCGGCCUCUACAUGAUGCCGCGCGGGGAAGUCACCCAACCCAUCCGUUGGGCUCUGCUGGAGGGGUACCGCGGCUUCGACAGCGCCCAGGCAUACCACAACGAGCGAGAGGCAGGCGAAGCGAUUAGCACUUUCCUCUCGAACCCAGACGACAACAAGGAGGGGUUGCGCCGCGAGGACCUCUUUUUCACCACCAAGCUGGCCAGCUGCAGCACCUCGUACGACCAGGUACGCCGGUCCGUCAAGGCUUCUGUAGAUGCGUGCGGCCUUGGCUACGUGGACUUGUUCCUGUUGCACAGCCCGUACGGCGGCAGAGAGGCACGACUGACGAGCUGGAAUGCUCUCGAAGAUGCGGUCGACGACGGCGAGGUGAGGAUGAUUGGUGUUAGCAACUUUGGCGUUGCUCACAUUGAAGAGUUGAUGGCCGCGAAGCCGCGAAUAAAGCCUGUCGUCAACCAGAUUGAGGUGCACCCGUUCAAUACGCAGACGAGCAUCAGAGAGACAUGCGCGAAGCACGGCAUUGCGGUGGAGGCUUACGCACCUCUUGCGCAAGCUUUGAGGAUGACGCACCCCAAGAUAGUGCAGCUGUCUAACAAGUACGGGUGCUCGCCAGCUCAGCUGAUGGUCAAGUGGGGGAUACAGCAUGGCAUGGUGACCCUGCCCAAGAGCAUGCAUCGCGAGCGUCUAGUCGAGAAUGCGGAUGUGAGCGAGCUUGCCAUCUCUGAGGAAGACAUGGCCGCCAUGGAUGGCCUUGACGAAAAGCUAAGCACUGACUGGGACCCGACGGAUGCACCGUAA